UCAAGCUGCGUUUAAUGCGGUUUCAACUGCCGAACCGAUCAGUUCAAUCGAUCGUUUCCACACUCGAGUUGAAGUCACCCGAAGAUCAUCCCACAAAGAUGCCCCAGUCAAGCUUCUUUGCCAAGAGCGUGCCCUUCGAGCAGAUCGACAAGUUGGCCAUCAGUGGCGGCUACUCCUCGAUCUUUGCCAGCAGUGAGCCUGGAGUUCCGGUGGUCGGAAAUUGGGAGCAGCGAUUCUGUCGCCUGGCGGACACCUUCCAACCGGUCCUGGAUCGGGUGUACGACUUCGAGGUUCGUGAGGAUGAUGUGUGGAUUGUCACCCUGCCGAAAUGCGGCACCACCUGGAUGCAGGAACUGGCCUGGUUGGUGGUUAAUGAGUGCGACUUUGAGACGGCAAAGAACGUGGAUCUUACGCUGAGAUCACCUUUCCUGGAAUUCAAUGGAGUGGUGCCCAAUGUUCCACAUGACACCAUCGAAGCUGCCAAUGCUCUGCCCUCGCCACGUCUCAUCAAGUCCCAUCUGCCCGCCUGGAUGUUGCCCAAACAGAUCUGGAGCAAGAGGCCCAAGAUCAUCUAUGUGUACCGCAAUCCCAAGGAUGCAGCCAUCUCGUACUUCCACCACUGGCGUGGAAUGGUGGGCUACCAGGGCACCAAGUCCGACUUCAUGCACUCCUUCAUCGAUGGCUAUGUGAACUUCACGCCCUGCUGGCCGCAUGUCCUGGAUUUCUGGCAGCUGCGCCAUGAGCCGAACAUAUUCUUCACCAGCUAUGAGAGGAUGAAGGGGCAGUUGGGUGAGGUCAUCGCAGAGGUGGCUCAGUUCCUGAAUAAGAAGGUUAGCCUGGAGCAGAUCGAGCAAAUGAAACGACAUUUAUCCUUUGAGAGCAUGCGCGACAAUCCAUCCUGCAAUCAUGUCAAGGAGUUCGAGAGCAUGAAGGCAGCUGCUGGAAGGGAAGUGGAGGAGUUCAGCACAUCGCCACACAGGUUCGUUCGCCGCGGAGUUGUGGGAAGUCACAAGGAUGAGCUCACCGCCGACAUCAUCCGAGAAUUUGAUCUCUGGUCUGACAUUAAUCUGAGGGAUUACAAAUUGAACAUGGAUGACUUUGCCAAUUACAAAAAGUUUGCUUCCGCGUAAUUCACAACACUCCAAGUUGUUUUGGUAUAAUAUAUCUUGUGUAAUCUUUGUUAAUAGUCUGUAAGCUGUGGUGAUAUACGUUUAAUAAAUAAUUGCUUCCCCCUAUACUACAUGUAA